AUGGCACCCGGACACCCAGACACCGAGAUAUGGGUCAUGACGGUUGCAUACGCGAAAGAUCUGGUCUCAGCUUCUGUACGUCGCCCAACCUGCGAGAUUGGACCCAUAUGUCGAGCUUUAGCCAGGCGGGACUACCCGGAGAUCAGUUUGAGUGAGAGUCCAAAUUUGGUGAAAUUUUCGGUUGCCGAAUCGCUGCGGGGGGAGGCUAGUAAAUAUGUGGUCUUCAUCUCCGUUAAUCUUGGAUACCUCUCGGCGGAUCGGGCACUUUAUUAUGUGAUAUCUGGUAUCCUGGAGGAUGAAUCUCCGAUCUCUAUCAGUUGGGUGAGUAACUGGAACUACACUGAAGUCGUUCCCACUGGCCCGCUGGAGGGAUGGAGAGGCUCCACUGCUUUGCCCAGAGUGCAUAGCCUUAUCAAGGUGAACGACGUGUGGACCGUUACGAACGCACCAUUUCAAGUGCUCUCGCCUGUGAUGGACAAGCGGAUCUUAGACAAGCACAUGGGAAAUGGAGAAACAACAAUCAUAUUUUCGGACCUCCCUUCCAGAGCCAUAUCCUUCGGGGUGGAAAUCAGGGAGGGGUAUUGCUGUCUCCUCUCCUCUCCGACUGGACAAGUGGGGUUGAACUUUACUUCAUCCUCAAAGGAUUAUCUUGACGGGGUGAUUCUCAUCACUGGUUUCUUCUAG